AGGCCGGAUGCACACUCCUACUCUGGCCCCACUUAAGGCUGCCAUGGGGCCCAGUGCUCCUCUGUUCCUCUUCUUCUUUUUGUCAUGGACUGGACCCCUUCAGGGACAGCAGCACCACCUUGUGGAGUACAUGGAACGCCGACUAGCUGCCUUAGAGGAGCGGCUGGCCCAAUGCCAGGAUCAGAGUAGUCGGCAUGCUGCAGAGCUUCGGGACUUCAAAAACAAGAUGCUGCCUCUACUGGAGGUGGCAGAGAAGGAACGGGAAACACUCAGAACUGAGGCAGACACCAUCUCAGGGAGAGUGGACCGUCUUGAACGGGAGGUAGACUAUCUGGAGACGCAGAACCCAGCUUUACCCUGUGUAGAGCAGGAUGAGAAGGUGACUGGAGGAGGACCUGGAGCCAAAGGAAAGGGCCGAAGAAAUGAGAAGUACGAUAUGGUGACAGACUGUAGCUACACAAUCUCUCAGGUGAGGUCAAUGAAGAUCCUGAAGCGAUUUGGUGGCUCAGCUGGCCUGUGGACCAAGGAUCCACUGGGGCCAGCAGAGAAGAUCUAUGUGCUAGAUGGCACACAGAACGACACAGCUUUUGUCUUCCCAAGGCUGCGUGACUUCACCCUUGCCAUGGCUGCCCGGAAAGCUUCCCGAAUACGGGUGCCCUUCCCCUGGGUAGGCACAGGGCAGCUGGUGUAUGGUGGCUUCCUUUAUUAUGCUCGAAGGCCUCCUGGAGGACCUGGAGCGGGUGGUGAAUUGGAGAAUACUCUGCAGCUGAUCAAAUUUCACUUGGCAAACCGAACAGUGGUGGACAGCUCAGUGUUCCCUGCAGAGAGACUGAUACCCCCCUACGGGCUGACAGUAGACACAUAUAUUGACCUGGCAGCUGAUGAGGAGGGCCUCUGGGCUGUCUAUGCCACUCAGGAAGAUGACAGGCAUUUGUGUCUAGCCAAGUUAGACCCACAGACACUUGACACAGAGCAGCAGUGGGACACACCAUGUCCCAGAGAGAAUGCAGAGGCUGCAUUUGUCAUCUGUGGGACCCUGUACGUUGUCUAUAACACCCGCCCUGCCAGCAGGGCUCGUAUCCAGUGUUCGUUUGAUGCCAGUGGUACUCUUGCCCCUGAAAGGGCGGCACUCUCCUAUUUUCCACGCCGAUAUGGUGCCCAUGCCAGCCUUCGAUAUAACCCCCGUGAGCGCCAGCUGUAUGCCUGGGAUGAUGGCUACCAGAUUGUCUACAAGCUGGAGAUGAAGAAGAAGGAGGAGGAAGUUUAAGCAGCUAGCCUUGUGCUUUUGAUUCUUAUGCCCAGACAUUGAUAUUCCUAUGAGAUCUCCUGCAGUUCGUUCUUCGAAAUGGAGCCAGUGAUGGUGACUCACAUACCUAACUUUUAAACAAUAACCAAAUUCUCAUAGCCCCUCUGUUUUAUGCAGAUCUUGAGUAGAUUUUUAGAACAGCAAACACCCUAAAUCUUCACUCUUGCCCUGUGUCCACAAAGUUUAAUUCCAAAUUCAGUGCCCUGUUCUUUAGAUAGGGUCUUGCCCUCCGUAUGACCCAAGGGAGAGAACUCAAGAGACAACGCUGUCCUCCCUCCCUCCCCCCUCCAGUGUAGGGGAGAAUGGGUCUUUCCCCAAACCACUUUGUAUGGCAACAUUAUGCAUUAAAAGGAAAACCCACCA